AGUAUAAAACCCGACGCUACACUCGUCGGACGUGCGGUCUAUACUUUAUAUACUGUGCUCGUGUAGUGUUUAUGUUGCUUUAAAAUAAGGGAUAUAUGUUAUCCAAUUAUUAUAUUUACAACAGUAAAUAUGUUCGGACGCGUAGCAACGGUUUUGAUCCAGUUCUUGAUUCUAGCUAAUGCUUACGCUCAGACUGAAACUGAGCCCCCCACAACUUUAACAACUAAAGCACCUACUACCACCACCCCGUCCACCACUACAACCGUAGUGUGGGAGACGGAGACUCUGAACGAGGGUCAAGCUAUACAGAAGGCUCUGCAGUAUCUACUUCAGCAUCGUCAACCAGACUGGGGAUGGGGAAACGAUACCCACCAUGUCAUGCUUACUUUACAGCUGGCUAACAACACCGGCAAGGAAAUCGAGCAACAAGGCCUGGAAAUGCAGCUUUCGGCAAAACAGAUGGAAAUCGAGAUAUUGUUAAUGAUGUCGAAGCACCACGAAUCGCCUCCCCCGCUGGGACGCCUCGCCGCGUACACACUGGCGCUUGGCGCUCUCUGCAAGGAUCCGCGCUCGUUCCACGGCCGUGACCUCGUAGCGGCGCUGUUGCACCGCGAGCCGCCCCAUGACCUGGAGUUCGCGUACGCGACGCUCGCAGCCUGCUCGUCCGCCGCGCAUGUGCGACGCCGGCAUAUACGCCGCUUGCUUGAUAUCGCGAACGCAGCCGCAGACCAUAGCCUGGACACCAUUUCCAUGGUUAUCCUGGCUCUUCGCUGCGUUGUACAAGACCACCGUCACCGCAGCCUCAUCCACUUCGUCCGUCGUCCCAUGGCAGGGCUGGCGCGCCAGCAACACCCUGAUGGUAGCUUCGGAUCCCUCACAACUACUGCUCUCGCUAUACAGGCGCUGGAAGAGUCGGAGAGCGGUGCGGGGGGCCCGGGCGGUGCGGGGCACCAGCACUGGAGCCUGCCGGCGGCCCGCAAGUGGCUGCUGGAGCGGCAGCACGCGGACGGCGGCUGGGGCGACGUGGCGGGCACGGCGGCCGCGGUCGCCGCGCUAACGCCCGCCUCGCUCGCCGCCGUGCGCCCGCCGCACUGCAGCGACAAGUUGCUCGACACUCGCCACGAGCCCAUGGACAGUAAUGGCGGCGACGGCAGUCUAAAACUGGCAUAUCAAUCUGGACACAACAAUAACGAUUCAGACGCGCGCAACGUUUCCUUCACAUACACGCUGUGGCUUGGGACCAAUGUCACUGAAAACUACACGCUGUAUAUGGUGGCACCAAGGAACAUAUCAUUCUACCACGUGAUGCGUAUGGCGGCGGAACAGGACCCUAAGUUCAAGUUCGAGGCGAGCGAGUGGCCGAACGGACAUUACGUGCACACACUAGCAGGGCACAAGGAAGAGCCGAUGGGGUACCACUACUGGCUGCUGUACCGCCUGCCUGAGGUGCCCGACCCCACCAGCCCGCCUGGCAACCAGCUCGUCGCUCCUGUUGGUGUUGAUGACCUACUCGUGGAAGACGGGGAGCAUUAUUUGUUCUGGUACAAGAAGCUGUAAUUUUAUAGUUUUUAAAUUAAACUUCUCUCCUUUAAAUAACGUUUUUAGUAUCUCAAGUCAUCAAAAGUGAGAUUAAUUUUAUUAGUAUGAUUUAGCUAUAGAAUAAUUUACCAUUGUUACUACUAAGUACCUAUAAUCCAUUUUACCUGCAUUCUUUCCUUUAAUAUUGAGUACGUGUUAUUUAAAACUUUAAAAAAAAUCGGAAAGAAACGUGAAAAAUAUAAUUUUAAAAUUUAAUCAACUACGAUGAAUUAACUAAUACAUUUAUUUAAGCAAGUUUUGAAGACAAAAUUAAGUAGUGAUUUCACAAUCAUGUACGUUCACUGAAAAAUAUAUAGAAACAACCUUUAUAAUAGAAAAAUGCAACCUUGAUUUAUAUUGAUACAUUUUCCUUUAAUAUAAUCCUGUCUAAAAAGUAUGCAUGCAUGAUAAAGCAUUUUUUAAAGCGCAAAGAAACUACAGUUGAAACCGGAUGACUCGGUUAUUGUGACAAUAAACAUAUUAAAAACACAAAACACAAAUUAGUCCAUUUUAACAGAAACCGUAAACUUUAUUAACUUUUAAGAAUAUAGCUAACAUAACAACUAACGGAUAUAGCGUUUGAUCUUCCCUUCAAUUUCUAUAACCGAUUAAAUGUAGGUACUCGUAUAUUUAAAUUAUAUUGUGAAACUCCCAUUUUCUGACACUCUCCGUAUACCUACUAAUUAAUUUCAACAAACAUAAUUCUGUUAAAAUGUCGAGCUAGAAAUUUAAUACAAACUGUCGACAACACAGUUAACGUAUGUAGUCAAUGUGCAAUUCUUAGGCACACCCCAGACUAACUAGAGAUUCCACCGCAUAACCUACUUAUAUUAUAGUUUUGAGAUUUAGUCAUAAACGCACAUUCAUAUAAUUACUUUUCUUUUCCAAUGAGACGUUUGUAAUAAUUAAAUACGUUCUAGUAGCUAUAGCGGUUUUAAGAAGUAGUGUUAAUACUUAGUAAACUUUUUUAAUCUUCGACGAUUAUUAAAAUUAAAUUUUUCCCAACUUUAAUAAUUUAGCUAUAAUACUUUCAUAGAUUUAAUUGCAUUCUUAUCGAAACAAUUGAUAUUAUUAAAUUCAGUUGCUUGUUAUUUUAAUAAACAAAAAAUGUAUGUAUCUUAUUAACAAAAAUUAUAAUUUCAGUAUUCAGUUUAAAAUGAUCUUAGGUUACGAUUCCUUCACCUACUUACGUAGAUAUAUUUUUAUAUGUGUAUGUACGUGUUUUUAUUUAAAUUUAAAUAUUUUAUUGAAAAUUAGGUAAAUUUUCAAUGAAAUAUUUACUUAAUUUUUUUCAAUAAAAUAUUGAAAAUAAAUUUCGUUUUUCAGUAACUUAUACAUACAUAGAAGUCUUUAAUAUAAAAGUAAUACAGUUAAUAAUAUGAUCACACGAAGUUUAUUUAAAAAGUUCAUAAAAUUAUGGAAAAUAUAAAAAAGAUUGGACGAAAUCAGUAAUGAAAUGUAAUGGUAUAAAAACUUGGUGUUUAUAUGUUUGUUUUUUUUUUACAUUAAAUCAAAUUUAAACGUGAUUAGUAACAAAAUCGAUGUGAAUUCACUUUCUGACGAUCGAUGGAAUUAGUUAUUUAAUAAAUUGCUUUAGAUUAGAGAAUGCAAUUUUAUGACGUAGGAUUAAUGUAAAAAUGUUACUGGGGUAGUUUUUUCUAAGACAUGUCAUGUAUUCUUAACCAAAGCUUAAAUUUAUAUUAAUAAUCAUAUUAGGAGACUGAAGUGACUCAAUGUUUUAUGUAACAAGUACAUUAGAGUAACAUUAAUUUUUAUCGUAACAAUUUAAUGGUUCUU